AUAAGUCAUAAACUUCAAUUCGAUCAUUAGCUACGAGCCUAUAAGUGAUCGAGAUGGGAUUCAUGGAAAUAGUUGCUUCUGACGAGGGACUAGGAACGAUUGUCCCGAUCGUAGUGUACUGGCUGUACGCAGCCCUCAUUAUAUCUAUGGAGAAAUCAUUUCCUAAACACAAAAUUCGAAGCGCAGAGGAGCAACACAACAAAAACCACCUCGUCUCCAAAGGGACAGUCAUCAAAGGCGUCAUUCUCCAGCAAGCAUUGCAGGCUUUCACUGCCACACUCUUGUAUAUUCUGAUUGAAAGUGACGAUGAUAGUGCUGCUCAUGUGACUACUUCUAAUACAGGUCAAAAUCAUGAUGGUGACGAUGGAACUGGGUCAAAGAUCAUAACGAUGCUUGUCAGAACUGCAUUCCAGUUUCUGAAAGGCAUGGUGGUGAUGGAUACAUGGCAGUACUUCAUGCACAGGUAUAUGCAUGAGAACAAGUUCCUCUACAAGCACGUCCACUCCCAGCAUCACAGGCUUGUAGCUCCGUAUGCAUAUGCAGCAUUGUACAACCACCCGUUGGAGGGUCUUCUCGUGGACACUAUGGGUGGAGCCGUCAGCUUCUUGGCGUCGGGGAUGUCUCCACGGACUUCGAUUUUCUUCUUCUCAUUCGCAACCAUCAAGGCGGUCGACGAGCAUUCCGGUGUAAACUUUCCAUGGCACCCGUUUCGUCUUCUGUUCAGAAACAACAGCCUGUAUCAUGAUGUGCACCACCAGCUUUACGGCACCAAGUUCAACUUCUCUCAGCCCUUCUUUGUUUUUUGGGAUAGGUUACUUGGUACCUACCAUAUGCCAUCAUCUACUGAAGACGAGCUCAACAAGGGGGCCAAGGAUAUAUAA